UUAAUGGGUGUGAGAAAAUGCUAAAUACUGCGCGGUGAUGCCGGCCGCACGUAUACGGCAACCGUUUGCGGCUGCCUUUGCUGUCCUCGUGCUCCUCGCUGCAUAUCUCGGCCUCUCUACCACCCGUAUACCCACUCCGCUGGGCAGCGACAAGGGCCUACACUUUGUCACGUUCUUUUUACUCUCAGCCACCUUCUACUGGAUCAUCGAGACCUCACGUCGCCGCUGCAUCCACUUGACCCUCGUCGUCUGCACCGCUGGCCUGAGCGUGGGCUCGGAGGUGGUGCAAGGCCUCAUCCCCAACAACGGCCGCGAAUUCGACCCCUUUGACAUCGUCGCGAAUGUCGUCGGAUCGGCAUUAGCGCUGGCGUUGUGCAGCUGGUAUCACAAACGCAUGCUCGAGCGGAAACGAAAGAAUCGACAUUAUGACAUUGUGCCGGGAGACGAUGUGCCGGAAGGGGACGAAGAGGAUGUGGAGCUGGGUUUGGUGAGGGAUGAAGAUGCCGGCGGAGUGGUGCCUGUUGAGGCGGGUGGAGACUCGAUUGCGGGAGCGGUGGCGGUACCCAAGGCAAGCAUCACCGAAGAGCUAGACAACUGGGAUGAGAAUGCGGAGGAUUGGGAGGAGGAUGAUGAGGACACUGCCGCGGACGUGAAGGAGGGUGAUGGGCAGGAAGAGACGAAGAAACGUACUGAUUGACGAAGUGAUAUGUACCGAAAAUACGUGUUUUACUUUGCUCGAUCUUGCACAAUCUGGCAACAAGUAUACUGGAUUGCGCCCACUCUUGCAGCCUUGUGGAGAUGUUGGAUCCUCUUACACACUUGCACACUGUCGAAGCUCUUGUAUCAACGCUAUACGCAUUUUACCCUCACUUAAAAUCAAGUGAAUGUCCUCUGAGAAUGAGAAAUCGAUCUCUACGGUUU